AUGGCAAACGACGAUCGCUUGACAAUGUCGGAGAUGCUCAACUCUUUACAACAUCUCCGUCUUUCCGCCGCAACAGAAGAGUCUCCGACGGUUCCUCCUCCUCCACGUGACACCCACGUCAACAUUCCUCCUCCACGUGAUACCCACAUCAACAUUCGUCCUCCUCCACGUGGCACCCACGUCAACAUUCGUUCUCCUCCACGUGACACUAACGUCAACAUUCCUCCUCCACGUGACACCCACGUCAACAUUCCUCCUCCUCCAAGAGACGACCAACCUCAAAUCAAUUCAUUCCCCGUCGGAUUCUUCGCCCCCUCGAAUCGUCAAGAGCUGGAGAUGUGUUUGCAAGUUCUGUUCAUCUUAAUGACUAAAAGCGAAAACGAGGAUGAUGCGGUUCCGUUUAAAGAUAUGAUCUCGAAUCUAGACAUAACAGAGCUUCAGGGGAUGGCGUCGUUGCUGACGUCAGACUCCGAUUACUUUUUGGAGAUCGCGAAAAACAGGAACGGCUCCAAACGCCUACAGAAACUCCUCGGGAAAUCAAGUGACGCCGACGCCUUCUUCUCCGCCGCUAUCUUGAGCCGCUUCUUCCACGUCAUGACAGACAAGCACGCGUCCCACGUGGCGAGGCAGGGGCUACAAGUUUUCGACGACGAGAAGAAAGAAGCAAUGUACGAGUACACGCUCGACCACGCGCUUCACUUGGCACGUGACCGGUAUGGCUGCAUCGCGCUAAACGAAACCAUAACCGACUUGGACCAUCCUUUCUACAGGAACUACCUCCUAGACAUAGUCGUGCACAACGCUCACUGGCUAAGCUACGAUGAUUCAGGGAACUUUGUGGUCCAACACGUGCUUAAACUGAAUGACUUGCGUUGCACGUAUAACAUCGCCGCUAAACUCGAUGGGCAUUGCGUCGACCUCGCGUCUCAGAAGUACGGAAGCUACAUCGUGGAGAGGCUUUUGGAGACGGAUGAGUCGAGGCUUGUGGUGGUUGUGGAGCUUUUGGAGUGCAACGACCACAAGUUGCUGAGGCUGGCGAGGGGCGAGUACGGGAAUUUCGUGGUGGGAAAGGCACUGAGACUCACGCAGGAGGAGGUUAUGGUUAGGCCAUAUCUGUUAUGGGGUUUGGUGCAUAAGCUCAUGCGUCUUCGCUCUCUUUUGGGCAGGUCUCGUGGAAGCAACGUUGCAGCAAUCUUGGACUCGAUUUGUGAAGCUUUGUCUCAAUAG